AAGGUUGCUACACGUUAAAUAGUCAAAGUUUUUCGUUCCGUUGAGAGAAAGCCACGCUCCAACUGAUGCUUUAUUUGUUGUGACGCCCUGGAGGCCGAAGAGCGGAUAUAAUAUUGAAAAGGGGCAGCUGGCUUGAAUUCAGUACACUGGAAUGGGUGUUCUGUCGCUUUAAAUAUUACUGGCCCAGGCAAUCAUGGGUAAUAAUUCUUCCUUUCUCGCCCUACGGUAGGAGAUUUGAUCGACUUCAGCACAUCUUUUACAGAAUGUUGUGAAACUUAGACGCGGGACGCCCCUGAUCACUACUUUAGUGGACUAAAAUAUCAUUCGCGCACUCUUCGUGUCGGCAAAAAUCAAGCCUGAAAUAAAGUCUUCUUCUUUCCGCCACCAGCUAGUAAGUCCCUUUUUUCCUUGUGAGUUUUGUACCAUCGCCCUGUUGGCCUGCCUUCCCCCUUUACGACCACUGCCUGGCAUUAAACCUUCCGAAUAUCCACGCUUACGUCUCAGCUUCCUGCAUCUGGGUUCUACCCUCCACCGAGUUCAUCACAAACUCAGUGCAGAAAGUGUUGUGAACAUUGUGUGGAGAUGUGUGCAAGAACGACUGGAGAGUACAAGGAAAAACUUCGUGGAUCAAAAAAGGAGGAGGAGCCUCAACGUCACCUACUUGACGCUGUGUUCAAUCUGCAGCCUCGAAUUGUCCUACGGAGAGCAGAUGUCAGAGAAAAUCUUCCAGAGCGGCAGCGGUCAGUGUCCCGUCACGUCAAAGAGGAAGAGGUGGGUGAAGAGGUGCAAUGCAUCAAAGAGGCGGAGGAAGUGUUCCGACACACGAAAGAGGAAGAGCAGGAAGAAAUCAUCCAGGUUCCAUCAACUGGUGUCCAUUUGAAGCGCAAAUAUGAAGGUCAAAGUGAGGAGAGACGAGGGGCAGAGCCUCCAAACAGGAACAGCUCAAGUGACGGAGAGUGCAACAGUGGAGGAUUACAAACAGAUGAUGGUGGUGAUGAUGAUGAUGAUGAUGAUAAUGAACAGUCGGAAGUUAAUAUGACAUGUCGCACUGCCAACAAAUGCUGGAAAUGUUCUCAGUGUAGGAAAGCUUUUGCUUCUAUGAGGAGUUUGAAACAGCACAUGAAAAUACACACAGGAGAGAAGCCUUUUUCAUGCUCAGUUUGUGGUCAAAGAUUCACUCGGAAGGAACACUUAAAAAUACACACAAGAACACACACUGGUGAGAAACCUUUUUCCUGCGCAGUUUGUGGUCAAAUAUUCUCACAGAAAGGACACUUAAAAAUACACACAAGAUCACACACUGGUGAGAAACCUUUUUCCUGUGUAGUUUGUGGCCAAAGAUUCUCUGACAAGAAAAGCUUAAAAAUACACACAAGAACCCACACUGGUGAGAAACCUUUUUCAUGUCCAGUUUGUGAUAAAAGAUUCACUGAAAAGGGAAAAUUAAAAAUACACACAAGAACACACACUGGUGAGAAACCUUUUUCCUGCUUAUUUUGUACUCAAAGAUUCUCUGACAAGAGAAACUUAAAAACACACACAAGUACACACACUGGUGAGAAGCCUUUUUCCUGCUCAGUUUGUGGUCAAAGAUUCUCUCAGAAAGGAAACUUAGAACUACACAAAAGAACACACACUGGUGAGAAACCUUUUUUCUGCUCCAUUUGUGGUCAGAGAUUCACUCAAAAGGGAUACCUAAAAAUACAUACAAGAAUACACACUGGUGAGAAACCUUUUUCCUGCUCAAUUUGUGGUAAAAGUUUCGCUGAGAAGGCAACGUUAAAAAUACACACAAGAACACACACCGGAGAAAAACCUUUUUUCUGCUCUGUUUGUGGUCAGAGAUUCACUCAUAAGGCAAACUUAAAAUCACACGCAAGAAUGCACACUGGAGAGAAACCUUUUUUCUGCUCCGUUUGCGGCCAGAGAUUCACUCAUAAAGGAAGCUUGAAAAUACACACAAGAUUGCACACUGGUGAGAAACCUUUUUCGUGCUUAGUUUGUGGCCAAAGAUUCACUGACAAGAGUUACUUAAAAAUACACACAAGAACGCACAGUGGUGAGAAACCUUUUUCUUGCGUAGUUUGCGGUCAAAGAUUCACUCGGAAGGGAACCUUAAAAAUACACAGCAGAACACACACUGGUGAGAAACCUUUUUCCUGCGCAGUUUGUGGUCAAAGAUUCACUCGGAAGGGAACAUUAAAAAUACAUACCAGAAUACACACUGGUGCUAAACGUUCUUCGUGCUCUGUUUGUGAUCAAAGAUUUUCUUCUAAGUAUCAGGCUGAGACACACAAGUGUGCCGGAAGGAAAAGCCCUGCCCAAGAAGCUGUAAAAGCAUAAAUUGAAAGUCACGCUGACCAUGUGUUUUUGUUCACAACGCCGUUUUUUGACAGCAAGAUUGUGUAUACAUAUCAUGGCUAGGAAGCGGUAAGUGUAUACUUGAAUGUUUUAGUUACGGUUAUCGUUUGAUCUUUUGUCUUGAACAGUGAUGAAAGUCCUCCAGAUUUUCCCAGAAUUCCGAAUUUUUUCAUUUUCAUGAAAAUUGCUCCAGAAAAUUGAGGAGAAAUUGUCUAAAAUUAAUCUGGAUAUUAGUUGACAACAUUGAACGAACAUGCGUUUGGGUUCGUUGUUUUGCUUUCACGAGCGUAGCCAUGUUGAGGCACUAUCACUAGGUCACAAUAACACCCCUCCCCUCGCAUUCUCAAGAGGUUGCUUAUUUUGUGUGGUCUUGACAUUAAUUUACGUUUAUUUCAUAAGCGUUGUUAACUAAAUGAGCAUGCUCCAAAACAACUGUUAUUCUCCCGGAAACAGGAAAUGCAAGUUAACUGUACUGAACAUGUACGGAGCAUGUACGAAAGCUCACGUUCAAAACUGCUUCAUGUAAUGCGGGCGCAUUUACGGCGAAAGUCAUCAACAUCAUGAGCCAUGUCAAAGGAAAUUCAGUUACACCAGGGGUGCUCAUUGCGUCGAUCGUGAGGCAGUUUGACUUUACUGAAUAGUUAAUUCAUUUGUCUUGAGAUAAGAUGUCAUAUUUUAAGCAUAUUUUAAUGACGAAUAUGAUUUUGUGCUAUACAGUGAUAGUGGAUGGGGGGGAAAAAAAUCUGGGCUUGGCCCUUGGGGAACUUUUGCCCAAUUUUUUUUUUUUUGGUCAGGACUUAGAAAUGUUACUUUAAAUUUUUGUCUGAAUUUUGACAUCGCCAGAAUGCACCACAGCCACCCAUUUUUUUUGCAUUUGUAUUUUCAGGAAAUUUCACCAAAGUCCGCUUUCAUCUUAACUUGAAAGUCCUUUGACAAACACUGUAACCAGAGUUGAUUAAGGCACUUGUGCUGGAGUGGGGAAUAAAGAAAGAAGCCACAUGUGAAACUCGAGAGCAAGCAUCAUCUUGUUAUUAUUAGAUUGAGCUAUACUACUUCUCGUAUAUAGCAAUUGCGGUGUGAUUGUGGCUGUGUUGAUGUCAGCUGGGCGCGACGAGACAGGACGAUGGUGGGGGGAAUGAAAUCACCCACGUUAAAAAGUAGAGUUGGACUCAUGUCUACGUUAUUCAAUAACACAACAGCAAGAUCAUAACAUGGUGUCAGAGUGACGGUAGUAUAACUACAGACUCACGGGGGGAAAAAAAAAAAAAAGACAACAAGGAGGCA